UGGCGUUUUCUCCCUGUGGGUUUGUGAUCACGGCUUGUUUUCAGUCGCUUCGCACGCAGUUUUUUUCACAACAGUUUUAUUAUUUGGUGGAAUCAUCCUUAAGUACUUACAAAAUGCCACCAAGAAAAGCGAAGGCUAGCAAACGUACAAAGAAGACUGAUACAGCUGAAGGUGAUGAACCGACAGAGAAGAGAGACCACAAGACUGAUGAAGCUGGAACAGAUGAACCAGCAAAAAAGAAAGCAAAGAAGACAAAAGCAGUUGAUGAGGACGCUUCAGCAGGAGAGAGUGAUCAACCCAAAGUAAAAAAUGGAAAGAAAGUGCAGCCCCAGGUCUCUGUAGAUGAUUCUGACUUUACUUCAGAGGCUAAAACUACAGACGGCUGCAAAUGGAACCUGAAAUUUGCUUCAUGGAACGUCAAUGGAAUUCGAGCGUGGUUGGAUAAAGGUGGUCCAUCUUACAUCACAAAAGAAGAUCCAGACAUAUUCUGUGUACAAGAAACGAAGUGCAACUCGAAGACCAUUCCAGACAAGUGUAAAGUUGACGGUUAUCAUACGUACUGGGCUUCGGCAGAUCAGGAGGGCUAUUCCGGAGUCGGUCUGUACUGCAAAGAGAAGCCAGUUAAUGUGGACUAUGGAAUAGGCAUAUCAAAGCAUGACAAGGAAGGAAGAGUUAUAACUGCUGAGUUUAAAAAGUUCUUCAUGGUAACUGCAUAUGUUCCAAAUUCUGGGAGGGGUCUUCCUCGACUUGCUUACAGAACAAAAGAAUGGGACGUUGAUUUCACGGCGUAUUUGAAAAAACUUGAUGAAAAAAAGCCAGUUGUGUUAUGUGGUGACUUGAAUGUUGCACAUUUGGACAUUGAUUUGAAAAAUCCCAAAAGUAACAAGAAAACAGCUGGUUUUACUAAGGAGGAGCGUGAAGGUUUCACCAAUUUGUUGAAGGAGGGCUUCUUCGACUCAUUCCGAGAACUGUACCCAGAACUAGAAGGUGCUUACACGUUUUGGGCUUAUUUCAUGAACAACAGAGCAAAAGAUGUUGGAUGGCGUCUGGACUAUUUCAUAGUGUCGGAAAAACUGAAAAAACACAUGUGCGACAGCAUCAUUCGAAAACGUGUCAUGGGCAGUGAUCACUGUCCUAUUGUUCUGCUGAUGAACAUGUGAACAAAGUUAAUAUCAGCAAGGAUACCUUUAUAAAAAUCAUGGACUGUGUGGGGGUGGACUUGUGGUUGUAUAUGGGGAGGGUGGGACAUUUAAGGGAAGUAAUCAUCAAUUUCAUUUACAAACGUAAUGUGCUUAAAUGAGUUUCCAUUUUAUAACCAGUUGAUGUCAUAAGUGAAUCUUUUUCCCUUUGUUAUAAGCAUUACCAAUUUACAAAUAUGACCACCCUAAAUAUUGAUGUGAAAUGUUAGCAAGUUUAAUAUUUGUUAUUUGAAGGGGCUCAGUCAGAAGAGCGCCCGCCCGCGAUUCUUACGUCGUAGGAUCGAACCUCUCAGUGGACCCAUUCUUUUAUUGGGUUUUUCCUCCACACAACCAGUACACCACGUCUGGUCAUGGUAUGUGCUGUCCUGUCUGUAGGAAAGUGCAUAUAAACGCACCAAUGCUGCUAAUUGAAAAUGUAGCUGGUUUCCUCUCAAACAAAAGAGUAAAAAUUGCCAAAUGUUUUACGUCCAAUAGCUGAUGAUUAAUACGUCAAUGUGCUCUAAUGUUAAACAAAAUAAACUUUUUAACUUGUGUUGGAAUGUGAAUAAUAUGGCCCGGUGAAAUGAAUGGGGUGUUCACAUUGUAGAUGUCAAAUGUGCCAUGUCAUUUCACUUUGAUAGAAGUGGUAUCUGCAGGUUCUAUAAUUUGCAAUAUUGAUCCCCCAAGUAGUAUUAAAGUUCCGGUUAUUCGAGUUAUUGUAAAAUGUCAACACAUUGGAUAAAACAAGCCAGUCGUCUAAGGUCGAAUUUACGAAAUCUGUUUUUCUUCAAAGCAGGUGUUUAAGCAUUGUAAAGAUCUGUAGUAACAUGCUUAUAAGAAAAAAAUUGACCUUUGUAAAUUUGGCCUUUUUAUUAUUUAGAGUGGACUCGACUCAUUUUUAACUUAUUUUCAUGUAUCAUUUUGUAUGUGUCUGCUUGUGUAAAUGAAACAUUACAUUUCAUGUACGGUUUUGAAAUUAUCAUCUAGAGGCCAUCACAUUCAUGUGCACUGCCACAUUCAUGUUUGUAAUGAAUGGUUUUCAAAUACAUUUAUCACAUUUU